AAAAUUCACAGCAAGGUGUAAUCUGAAUUUGACCCUAACGUGGCCCAUGUGGUAAAUAUUGUAUAUGGCCAAAAUAGUGCCAACCAAAUGUGGGCCACCUUUGGCAAAAAUGUGCCACAAUUGACAAAGGCUAAUCAGGGUGUAAACCAAAUGUGGUUAGGCCUGUCGCGAUAGUCGAUAAAUCGAUUAAUCGCACGAUAAAAAAAAAUGACCUCGAUAAUUUUUCCGGCCGCAAUAAUUUCAUUUGCAUACUUGUUUGUUAUCCGCGACUGAAUGACAACUCUUGUUUCCUUAGCAUAGGAGAAGCGAACCCUCUUGUCAGUUGUAUUGUCUUUUGUGUGGGGAGGCAGCGCUUGUCAGUCACAUGAACUUUGUGUGGGAAGGCGGGAGUGCUUGAGGCGACUGCAGAGAAGAGCAAAAAGAUGAGACGCAAGUUGUGACAUGGAAUUGGUUUCAAAGCCAAACGCGACAGCUGCCAUGUGGGAGCACUUCGGAUUCAAACCGAAUGACCGUGGUGUACCACUUAACCUAAGCGAGCCGGUAUGUCGCAUUUGUUGUAAAACAGUAUCGACUAAAACCGGUAACACAACAAACAUGCACAUGCACCUAAAACACAAUCAUCCGUUGCAGUUUUCCCAGAUGGGAAAAAAAAAGCUACAACAGACGGGCCGUCUGGGAAUGCAUGUUGAGCCUAUUGUUUAAUAUUUUUUGAAGUGCAAUUUUGUUUACAUCCAUUUUAUUUAUUGUUUUUGGUAUUUAUUCAAGUGCAUUUUUUGUUAACAGAGACUGAGAGUCCAUUGCUUUUAUUGUUUUUGGUUGUUUUGUUCAUUGUUAUUGUGGAUAUUUAAAAUGUUUUCCAUUUUCAGUGUUAAAUAGUCUAAAAAUAAACGUUUUUGAAUUUUGAAAGGCGUAAGUGCAUUAUUAUGCCAUUAUCAUUAUUCUAGAUGAAAAUGGUCUCAGAUCGACAAUAUUAUCGUUUAUCGCGAUAAUUUCUUGGACAAUUUAUCGUCCAGCAAAAUUUGUUAUCGUGACAGGCCUAAAUGUGGUCCACAAUCCCCAAUUAUAUAUAAAAUAAAUCUGGGACGGUUUUGGCAACGAUACGGCUGCGUAAGCACUGGCAAAUGUGGGCGUGAGCCUAAAGUGGCCCACAUAUAAAAAGACAAAUAUUGCCCAAAUAAUUAAUAACAAUUUGGGCCACUUUUGGCAAAUAUAUGGCACAGUCAGCAUUGGCUCAUUAGUGUAUAAGACUAAUUGUCCCACAUUUGACAUAGCAAAUAUGCCCCAUAUAUCACAAAACAGAUGAGGGCCACAUCUGGUUUGGAUGUAGCACUUGAUACUGGCUAAUAGAAAUGUAUCUUUAAAAGCUAUCUUUGUAAAUAUGGCCUAAAAAUUUUAUAGAAUUUGGCUACUUUUAGUAGGAUGCAACACAGUUAACUAAUGCAAGCUGAUCAGGAAAUGAGUCUUAAGAAGGCUACAUAACCACCAAUUUAUUAUCAUUAUUGUAAUGUAUGUGUACUGUGCAGCACAGAAAGAGAAGUGCACUAUAAUGAUAGAUGAAACAGAUUUACUGUAUAUGUAGAGUCUGAGUGAGAAACUUGUAAAGAACUGUUUUUGAAGUCAGAGACAUUUGAAUUGCUGCUUGUGCAAAACAUUGGUCUGGAUGACUUUACCAAAUUAUUUGAACCUUUAAGAAGGACAUUUUUAAAUUUCCCUUCAAAAUAUGUAGAGUAUUUUUGAUGCAUAACUCACUUAAGGCUUAGUGUGGCCCAGAUCAUAUAUAUAUUUAUGCUUUAUUUGGUUCAUUAUUAGCUAAAAUGUGGCUGCGCAGUGGCCUGCUUGUGGACCACUGCUAGAAUGCCACCAUUCCAUGCAGCAUGUGGACCACAUGAGGGGAAGAACAGGGUUAGAAUAAAAAUCAACUGUGGCCCACAUUAGAGCUAGUUUUGGUUAAUUUGGUUGAUUUACAAGUAGUAAUGCUAAGGCUUACUUGAUGCCCAUAUCCAGGACUGCCCAAAUGCUGUUAUUUCACGUGGUAUGUGGGCCAGAACAAGGUGUUUGGAUCUGGGCCAGAAUUAAAAUCAGUGUUGCCUAGACUGUAAAAUACUGUGCAAUCACUUCAGACAUAGCACAGUGCUCAUUUAGUAAAUGCACAGCUAAACAGAUGUGUUUUAAGUCUAGAUUGAAAUAUGACUACUGAUUUAGCCCAUCUGAUGCUUCUGAAAGCUGAUUCCAACUGCUGGCAGCAUAAUAUCUACAACCAGAUUCCUUUUGUUUGAAGUGAACCCUUGGUCUUUCUAACUUACUUGAUCCUAAUGAUCUGUGUGGUCCGUUAGGCUUAUAUUUAGUGAGCAUAUCUACGAUGUAUUUAGAUCCUAGGCCAUUUAGUGAUUUAUAAACAAGUAAUAAUAUUUUAAAAUCCUUCAAUCCUAAAUGUAACUGGAAGGCAGUGUAAGGAUCUGAGGACUGCUGUAAUAUGCUCAGAUUUUCUGGCUGUAGUCAGAAUUCUGGCAGCAGUGUUCUGGAUGAGCUGCAGCUGUCUAAGAUGAUAGUGUGCUGAUUUAUUUACUGCUUUGACAUGACUACUGAAACAAAGGUCUGACUCCAGAAUCACACCAUGAUUCUUGAUUUGAUUUUUAGUUGUUUGACCCCUAGAGUCAAGGUAUGCAUUCACCUUAAAAACUUCUUUGUUUCCAAAUGCAGUUAUCCAUGUUUGACGGAAUAAAGUUUGGGCACAUUCAACUGUUAAUUUCAUAAAUGCAUUGGCAGAGGGAGUCAAUGGGGCUGUAGUCAUUUGGCGAUAAGGCUAGAUAAAUCUGGUUGCAAACUGCAAAACUGCUGCAUUUUCAAGAAUAACUUCUGACAGUACUGCACAAGCUAGGAGCACUAUCGAGAAGCUGUGUGCAAAAGGUCUUAAGUCUAAAAGGGGGUAGAGUGAAAAGAAUAGUGUGUCACGAGAGAGAGAAGAAGAGUGAAACAGAUAGAGAUGUGCAGAGAGGUGGAUAUAAAAAGAGGAGAAAGAGAGGGAGAAGAGACAAGUGGAACGGAGAACAUUGGUGUAGUGGAAAGAGCAAGAGGAGAAACUGUACAAAGACCUGGACAGAGAAGAAGUGUAGAGCGAGGUGGACCAAUAUAGAGAAGGUAAAGACAAUUUUUUAAUGAAAUCAAAGUUACUCUAAUAGACUAUGUAAGAAAUCAUGACUUAUUUUUAGAUGCUUGGGAACAGAUCUAAAGUUUCCAGAAGAGUCUUUAAAAGAGUUUGUCAAAACAAUUCUAUAUUUAUGAAUAUUGUGCUAUGAUUUUUGAUUUGUAGUCCUCCUGGGACAGCUUCUGUUCUUUACAUGUAAAUGUCCAAACAUUAUUCAUAAUUGAAGUUUGAGAACACUCAGGUUGACAUGAAUGGAACAAGAGCAUUAUUGAUAUGAUGAUCCAGAACAACAUCACCAGCCACAAAGGAAGAGAUCUGUGGAGAUGAUGAGAGGAGCUUGUCAAGCACGGAUUCAGCCUUUUCACAUAUUUAUUUCCUUUAUGAUGUCAACACAGUAUGUAUGUAGUGUGGAUAAAAUGCAGAUGAAAUUCUCUUCCAGAUGUAAAUGAAAGGCAGGAUCAAUAAUUCAGUGUAAUUCAUGUACGACAGCAAAUAAUCACACACACGUAAAUGUAUAUAUGUAUGUGUAUGGAUAUACACUGAUUAGGCUUAACAUGGCCACCUUCCUAAUAUUGUGUUGGUCCCCCUUUUGCUGCCAAAACAGCCCCGACCCAUUGAGGUAUGGACUCCAAAGGACCCCUGAAGGUGUGCUGUGAUAUCUGGCACCAAGAUGUUAGCAGCAGAUCCUUUAAGUCCUGUAAGUUGUGAGGAGGGGCCUCCAUGGAUUGGACUUGUUUGUUCAGCACAUCCCACAAAUGCUUGAUUGGAUUAAGAUCUGGGGAACUAUGGCAGGUAUCACAUCAGAGGCAGCAUGAUCGAGAGUCAUAAAUAUCAGACAUGUUUGAUGUUUAUGAUUUGGGCUCUGACGUGAUCAGGGACAGUAAAUUAAUCAUAAUGACAACACACAAUUGAGGAUUUUUUUUUUUUUUUGACAAAAAGUCAUUUGCGACAAGCCUUGAAUCAGGCUAUUUCCACCGAUUGCUUAGGGGUGCAAAUUUUUUGUGACCAGUUGUUUUUAUUGAAUAAUCAGUUCAAUAUAAGAAGGAACAACAAACACACUAAUAUGAUGUGGACUGUUGUUGUAUGUUUUUGUAGAUUGUCUGGCUGUAUGGUGACAGAGAAAGGCUGUCAUUAUGUGUCUUCAGCUCUGAGUUCAAACGCCUCACACCUGAGAGAGCUGGAUCUGAGCUACAAUCACCCGGGAGAUUCAGGAGUCAAGCUGCUUUCUAAACAACUGAAGGAUCCAAACUGUAAACUCAAUGUGGAUCAUGGAGGAGAAUCCAGGAUUACAGCAGGACUGAAGAAAUAUGCCUGUUUUCUCACACUGGAUCCAAACACAGCAAACAAACAACUCAGACUGUCUGAGGAGAACAGAAAGGUGACACGUGUGUUUGAGAUACAGUCGUGUCCUGAUCAUCCAGACAGAUUUGAUGAUGAGUAUCAGGUGUUGUGUAGAGAGAGUGUGUGUGGACGCUGUUACUGGGAGAUUGAGUGGAGUGGACGUGUGUUUGUAUCAGUGUCAUAUAAGAGCAUCUGCAGGAAGGGACGGGGUGAUGAGUGUUUGUUUGGAUAUAAUGAUCAGUCCUGGAGUUUGAUCUGCACUCCUGACAGAUACUCAUUCAUACACAAUGACAUACUGACUGUUCUCCCUGUGAAUCCUAUCAUCAGUCGUAGAGUAGGAGUGUCUGAUGAUGUUGAUAAUAUCUAUAGAAUAAGAGUGUAUGUGGAUGAGAGUGCAGGAACUCUGUCCUUCUACAGCGUCUCCAGAAACACAAUGAGUCUCAUCCACACAGAACAGACCACAUUCACUCAGCCGCUCUAUCCUGGGUUUCAUGUUUUUUUUAUCUUGGAUCAUCAGUGACACUGUGCUGAUGAAUGAGAAUAGACUGAUGAGAGAUUCUACCCAUAAUGCUUUGAGCUGCUGAUGAAUCAGUAAGAGUGAGAUGUUCUGGAGUCUCUUCAUGACAUUAAUACUGCAGCUCAACUUCUGUCACUCAAAUAACAGUCAAUAAAUAUGUGUCAGAAAUCCUCAUAUAGACAGUAAGAUCAGUGUGUGUGAGUCUAGAUUUGUGUUUUUAUUGUCGUGUCUCAUCACUCAUUUAUUUUAUUAGUGUUAAAAAUGUCAAAAUGUCACAAUCUUGACGAAGAUCAUGCCAUUCAUUUCUGUUGUUUUUGUACAGAAAUAAUAAAAGUGACGAAUAAACUUGAGAUCAGAUUGUAACUGAUGUUUGUAUCAUGAAUGUAACUGAUUCCUCACAAGACUGAAAUGAGUUUCUGACAUAAAAUAUCACAUUAAUCACAGCAUUUAACAAAAUAUAUUAUUGUAACUACAGUAAAGCUGUACUAAAUUAUGGGAUCUCUUUAAAUAAAAAAAGCUGUCAAAAUAUAUUUUAAAAUACACUGUAAAAAAUGAAAAGUUAACUCAGCUUAAAAUUUCAAGUCAACUUGCUGCACAGCUUUUUUGAGUUUACUCGGUGACUUGGGUUAAUUGAACAACUUGGUCCAAAUGUGUCUCAAUAAAUAAUGGUCUGUUAACUUUUUUUCUG